UUUAAUAUGUAAACUCUUUUCUCCAGAGUCUAUUAUCCCCACAAUACAACAAAGAGUGAAGGGACCGAGAAUAAAAAGAGAAGAAGAACGAAGUAAGAAAAGAAGCAAGUUUGUAACCCUAAUUUUACUAAUCAUUCAAAUUCGGUUCUUCGAGCAUCAAUUCAAGCGACUUUUCGCAGAUAAGAAGACAGAGAAGAAAGAAAUUGAAGGAUUUUUUUCGAUCACUCCAAAAAAUUGAAGGUGAAAGAUGCCGAAAGUGAAGACAAAUCGCGUGAAAUACCCUGAAGGAUGGGAACUGAUUGAACCUACACUCCAGGAACUAGAAUCUAAGAUGAGAGAAGCUCAAUUGGAUUCUCAUGAUGGGAAGAGAAAGUGUGAAACUUUGUGGCCCAUUUUUAAAAUUGCUCACCAGAAGAGUCGCUAUUUAUAUGAUCUUUAUUAUAGAAGAAAUGAGAUUUCCAAAGAGCUGUAUGAGUUCUGCUUGGACCAAGGCUAUGCUGACAGAAAUUUAAUUGCCAAGUGGAAGAAGCCAGGAUAUGAGCGUUUGUGUUGCCUGCGCUGCAUACAACCACGAGACCACAACUUUGGCACGACUUGUGUAUGUAGAGUGCCCAAACAUCUCAGGGAAGAGAAAGUUGUGGAAUGUGUUCACUGUGGAUGCGGGGGUUGUGCCAGUGGGGAUUGAUCUGCUGGCGUUCCUAGCCUCAGAGACGUCGAGCAUUAUGCUGUAACUCAUUGCACCACUGAGGAUUAUUUUGCUAUCUUGUUAUAGCAUUAUGCUUUAAUUGUCUAGGUUAUUUCAAGUACAUCUGAGACGUAAUCUAUCUAUGAAGUUGGUUUGCGUGUGCUUUCAAUGUAUCUUAUGACUUACAAUUGUACACAACAAUGAAGCUUAUGGAAACAAAUGGAAGAGAGCAUGGUUGGCAACCCAGCUUUCUGAAUUACACUUUUGUGAAAAAAGGAGAGCUGCAUAUGUUUUGGCAGCUGGUAACUUUCUGAAGAUGCUUGGAAAUAAAAAAUGGAGAAUGAAGUGAUUGUAUUAUUGUACUUUGGAUUGACAACUAAAUAACUUUAUAAUUUACUACUACAAACUUUAGAUUAUUGAUCAUAUAUAACGUUUUUGUGAUAAAAGAUUUAAAUUUUGACCCCUUA